AUGGCUGUACAAAGACAUGGACGACCACCAAAAAAACGUAAAGCCUCUAGGAUUGAGAAACUUAUUUCUAUGAAGAAAAAAGUGCAAGAUAACAAAGUCAAGACCCAAAGAAAUAGAAUUAAGGUUAUUACAACUGAAGAAGGAGUUGUGGAUGAUAUAGCUAAGAAAGGGAAAAAUACCACCUCAAUUUCAACCAAAGAAAGUGUGGUAGAUGAUAUGCAAGAAAAAAGAACCUUAAAGGAACAACAUAUGCAAAUGUUAACACCUUAUUCAUCACUUUUAAGUGAGGUGAUGGGUUUCAAACAAUUGGAUGGAGCUUACUUUCAGUCUUCAGAAUUUUGCAAUUUUAGACCAAAUUUUUGGAAUCCAACUAUAUACAAUACUCAAGCCAUGAAUCCAAUAACAUCUUUGGUAUAUUAUGAUGGUCAUUGGAAUGAAAAUAAUGUGUAUGAGGAUUUCAAAAUGCUGGGAGUGUUAAUACCAUUAGAUUGCUCAUUUACAACACUAAUGAAUAUCUUGUCUACAGAGUUGUCUACCAUUCUGUCAACAGAAAAUGCAACAAUUGAGUACCAGAUUGCAGAAACAUUGCCUCCAUUGAAGAUCAAAAGUGAUAGCUCUAUACAAUUCUACUUGGAGUGCAAAAGAAAUGACAAAACACUCACAAAAUACCCUUUGAUAGUUUCUGUAACAGAGAACAACCAAACAAUUACCUGUGGAGCACUUCAAAAGAUGAGUUCUACUGUUGCUUCAAGUAGUAAUAAUAUAGAGAAUGAUAUUUCGGACACAUCGACAUUCUCUAUAGAUGAACCUCAAGGACUACCAAAUUUUAUUCAGUUGGCAGAUCAAAUUACAGAUUUGAUUUUGGAGAAGGAACGACAUGAAUCAAUUCCUGAACAUAUUGGAACAGAAACUACAAUUAUAACUCAUGCAAUUUCUGAUGGAAUAAGAGAAAAACAGGUAUACAAAAACAAAGAGGUUCUUACAACAACAAUUGGUCUCUAUGCCAUAAAAAACAAUUUUCAGUUCAAGGUCCACAAAUCUUGCAAAAAAGAAUAUCAGUUGAAGUGCCUUGAUUCAGAAUGUACGUGGUCAUUUCGUGCUGCAAGAUAUGGAAAGACAGAUAUGUUCCAACUUAGGAAGUUCAAUCGUGCCCACACAUGUUCCUUGGACAUUAUUCUUGGAGAUCACCGACAGGCUUCAAGUAGUAUGGUUGGGAAUGUUGUGAAGACCAAGUUCACAGAUCCAAAAACAAAUUAUAGACCUAAAGAUAUAGCUAAAGACAUGUUGGACAGAUAUGGAGUUUCCAUGAGUUACCAAAAAGCAUGGCGAUCUAAGGAAAAAGCAGUUAAUUAUGUACAUGGUUCAAGUCAAGAUUCCUACCGAGACAUUCCACGAUAUCUGCACAUUUUGAAGCACAAAAAUCCAGGUACUGUAACAGAUUUGCAAAUUGAUAGUAUAAACAGAUUUAAAUAUCUUUAUAUGGCUAUGGGACAAUCAAUUCUAGGUUGGAAACAUUGCAUUCCAGUAAUUGUUGUUGAUGGAACAUUCCUAAAAGCUGCAUUUGGCGGUACACUUCUCACAGCUUCAACACAAGAUGCAAAUAGACACAUCUUCCCAUUGGCUUUUGCUAUAACAGAUUCGGAAAACAAUGAUUCAUGGGAGUGGUUCUUCAGAAAAAUAAAAGAAUGUUAUGGAGAAAGAGAAGAGUUGUGUAUAGUUUCAGAUAGACACGAAAGCAUAGAGAAUGCUAUAAAAAAUGUCUUUCCAAAUGUAACUCAUGGAGUGUGCUCCUACCAUCUUUUCUGCAACAUAAAGACCAAGUUUAAAACAGACGCAGAGGCAACCAGUAUUGCAUUUCAUGCUGCUGCAAAAGCUUAUAACAUGGAAGAUUUUGAAAAAUACAUGAAGGACUUGGACAGUUUACAUGAAGGAAUCCGUCCUUUUCUGGCCAAUGAGGUUAAAUAUGAAAAGUGGGCAAGAAUCCACUCCAAAAGUCGUAGAUAUGCAGCUAUGACUUCAAACAUAGCUGAAUCCAUUAAUGCAGCACUAAAAGAAAUGAGAGAGCUUCCAGUAACAACAUUACUCGAGUGCCUUAGAAACCUGAUUCAAAAAUGGAGCUACAACAACAAAAAAGAAGCAGAAGCAACAUUUACAGAAUUGCCAAAGAAACAAGAGGAAUACUUAAGAAAGAACUUUGUCAAGUCAUUAAGAAUGACUGUAGAACCAGCUAGCACACUCAUUUACAGUGUACACAAUGGUUUAACAACAAACAUUGUUGACAUUGCAAAGAAAUCUUGCUCUUGUAACAAGUUUGAUUUGGAUGAAUUACCUUGUGAACAUGCCAUGGCAGUCAUUAGAAAGAUGAACCUUCAGUAUAAAAAAUAUUGCUCAUAUUAUUUCACAAAACAAGCCAUGUUGAACACCUAUAAUGCAUCAAUACAUCCAUUGGGAGAUCCAAAAACAUGGAGAGUUCCGCCUGAUGUUGAGGAAAUAGAAGUACUACCUCCAAAGGGAAACAGAAAAAGUGGAAGGCCAAGGAAAAAAAGGUUUGUCUCAGCAAGAGAAGGGUCUUAUCAGCUUAAAUGUGGAAGUACGGUGAUUGGAACAUUACUUAUCACUAUUACUUGUGAUAAAGAAUUAUGA